AUGUAUUUUCUAGAUGUUCCAGAUUCUAAAACUUUUGAUUUGACUUUGAUGAUACUAUUACUGAGGAAUUUGAUUCCAAUAACCCCUCCUCUUUGUGGAUUUGACUGUCUACCUACUGCAAUGGAAACCACACCAGCUGCAGACUUAGCAAGGGUCAAGCACUACAGGAAUAACCUGGCACAUCUGGAUGAUGGCAAACUAGACACAGGGUUCUUCAAUACUGCUUGGGAAGAUAUAACUAGUGCCAUAGAUAGAUUAGGUGGGCAGCAAAUGAAGCAGGAGUGUAAUCAUCUAAAAACCAAACCAUUAGAUCAAACCAACCAAGAAAUAAUGAUGGACAUUAAACAUUCCAAUAAUGAAAUCCGGGAACUGAAAGAAUCAUUUGAAAGUCUGAAGCGUUCACAUACUGAAAUAAUAAAAUCCCAUGAGAUGUUACAGGAUGACCAUAGGAAAGUAACAAACGAGUUGGAAAUGAUGAAGACUUCUCAAAAGGAUACUGUGCCUUGGAAUAUAAGGGCAAGAAUUAAUGAUACACUUACAGAUUGGAAGGAAAAUGAUGAUACAAUGUUUAUAAAUACAAGAGCUGCCCAGUAUGUACUCGAAUGUAUCAAGGAAAAUAGUUGUGUAACUAUUACGGCUAGUUCUGGUGUAGGGAAGACAGCAACUCUUAGACAUGUAGCUCUAAGAAUGGCAGAAGAAGAAGGAUAUGAUGUUCUUAUAGUGACAGAGCCAGGUGACAUUCUAAGGUUUUACAAUCAAAAUAAGAAAACAUUGUUUCUUGUUGAUGAUUUGUGUGGAAACUUUUCACUUGACCAGAGUGACAUAAAAAGUUGGGAACCAUUCAUGGAAGAUAUAAAACAACAUCUUAAUAAAAAACAAACAAAAAUACUUGCAGCAUGUCGGUUACAAGUGUACCAAGAUGAAAAGUUUGAUUCUUUAUCAGUUUUUAAAUCAUGUGUAUGUAACAUUUUAUGUAAAAACAUUUGCUUGUCAAAAACUGAAAAAAAAUCAAUAGCUAAGUUGUAUCUCAAUGCAAAAGCAUCUGAGAUAGGUGACUUGUAUGAUAUUUAUGACUGUUUUCCUCUUUUAUGUAAAUUGUACCAUGAUAAUCCUGAACCUAUUAUAGCAGAUUUCUUUCAAAAACCCUUUUCAAUUUAUGAAGCAGAGGUUGACAAGUUUCUCAAGAAAGGGUAUUAUGCUAAAUACUGUGCUUUGGCUUUAUGUGUCAUGUUUAACAACAAAUUAAAGGAAGAAAUAUUGACAGAAAAAGUGAAUGAAGAAACCAGGAUUAUCAUUGAAAACACAUGUGAGGCAUGCAGAUUAGACAGGGGAACAUCAAGACUUGUAUUACAGGAUCAACUUGACUCACUCACUCAGACAUUCAUAAAGAAAGAAUAUAAUGUAUACAAAAUUCUACAUGAUAAAAUAUUUGACUUUCUUGUUAAGAUCUAUGGACAAAAAAUAAUCGAUUGUUUGAUAGAGAAUGCUGACAGUGGUUUAAUCAAGGAACGAUUUUUAUUAGAAGAAAGGGACAACAUGGAUCACUAUAUCACUAUAAUACCAACAAAGUAUCAUCAGAUGUACACACAGAGAAUGAUUGAUGACUGGUCGAAGGGAAAAGUUCAAGAUGUAUUUAGUAACAUCAAUAUGAAGAUACCUCAGUUCACACAGAAAUUUCGCAGUUAUUUGAAUACACUAGAUAUAUCUUACCAGAGACAACUGGCAAAUAUCUGUGAUGUUAGUAAACAGUCUAAAACAACUUAUUCCUGGAUGUUUAAAGAUGAUGAUAACUAUGACACUUCUUUAUUACAUUGUUGUUAUUUAGGAGAUAUUUCUUUGGUCACGUGGUGUUGUGAUCAUGGGGUAAAUGUAAACAGGUGUACAUAUAAUGAAAAAUCACCAAUAAAUAUUGCUUGUGAACAGGGUCAUUCAGAAAUAGUAUUAAUGUUGUUAGACAGAGGAGCAGACUGUAAUAUAUGUGAUCAUGAUGGCCAGUCACCCGUAUUGAAGGCUUGUGAACAUGGUCAUACAGAAAUAGUAAAAAUUUUGUUAGACAGAGGAGCAGACUUUAAUAAAUGUGACAAUUUUGGUCACUCACCUCUAUUGAAGGCUUGUAAACAUGGUGAAACAGAAAUAGUGAAGAUGUUGUUGGACAAAGGAGCAGACUGUAAUAAAUGUGACUGGAUUGGUCGGUCACCUGUAAUAGAGGCUUGUGAACAUGGUCAUACAGAAAUAGUGAAGAUGUUGUUGGACAAAGGAGCAGACUGUCAUGACUGUAAUAAAUGUGAAAGAAGUGGUCAGUCACCUCUAAUGAAGUCUUGUGAACAUGGUCAUACAGAAAUAGUGAAAAUGUUGUUGGACAGUGGAGCAGACUGUAAAAAAUGUGAUAAUGGUGGUCGGUCACCUAUAAUGAAGGCUUGUGAACAUGGUCAUACAGAAAUAGUCAAGAUGCUAUUAGCCAAAGGAGCAGACUGUAAUAAAUGUGACUUUUGGUGUCAGUCACCUGUAAUGAAUGCUUGUGAACAUGGUCAUAAAGAAAUAGUGCAAAUGUUGUUAGACAGAGGAGCAGACUAUAAGAAAUGUAAGGAUCAUGGUCAGUCACCUGUACUGAAGGCAUGUGAACAUGGUCAUACAGAAAUAGUAAAGAUGUUGUUAGACAGAGGAGCAGACUAUAUAGGAUGUGAUAUUAACAGUGAAUCACCUGUAAUGAAGGCAUGUGAACAUGGUCAUACAGAAAUAGUAAAGAUGUUGUUAGACAGAGGAGCAGACUGUACUAAAUGUGAUAAUGGGGUUCAGUCACCUGUAAUGAAGGCAUGUGCAAAUGGUCAUACAGAAAUGGUAAAGAUGUUGUUAGACAAAGGAGCAGACUAUAAUAGAUGUGAUAUUAAUGGCCAAUCACCUGUAAUGAAGGCUUGUGCACAUGGUCAUGUAGAAAUAGUGAAAAUGUUGAUAGACGUAGAAGCAGACUAUAAGAAAUGUGAUAAUAAUAGAAGGUCACCUGUAAUGAAGGCUUGUGAACAUGGUCAUACAGAAAUAGUUAAGAUGUUGUUAGACAGAGGAGCAGACUGUAAUAAAUAUGACAGAUGGGAUGAAUCACCUGUUAUGAAGGCUUGUGAACAUGGUCAUACAGAAAUGGUAAAGAUGUUGUUAGACAGAGGAGCAGACUAUAAUAAAUGUGAAAAGAGUGGUCAGUCACCUCUAAUGAAGGCUUGUGAAUAUGUUCGUACGGAUAUAGUUAAGAUGUUGUUAGACAGAGGAGCAGACUAUAAUAAAUGUAAUAAAGAUGGGCAGUCACCUCUUCUUAGGGCUUGUGAACAUGGUCAUACAGAAAUAGUAAUGAUGUUGUUAGACAGAGGAGCAGACUAUAAUAAAUGUAAUAAAGAUGGGCAGUCACCUCUUCUUAGGGCUUGUGAACAUGGUCAUACAGAAAUGGUGAAGAUGUUGUUAGAUAAAGGAGCAGACUACAAUAAUUUUGACAAUUCGGGUCAGUCACCUCUAGGGAAGUCUUGUGAACAUGGUCAUACAGAUUUAGUAAAGAUGUUGUUAGACAGUGGAGCAUACUAUAAUAAAUGUAACAAGUAUGGUCAAUCACCUGUAAUGAAGGCGUGUAAACAUGGUCAUAAAGAAAUUGUAAAUAUGUUGUUCGACAGAGGAGCAGACUAUAAUAAAUGUGACAAGUGGGAUCAGUCACCUGUAAUGAAAGCUUGUGAACAUGGUCAUACAGAAAUAGUGAAGAUGUUGUUGAACAGAGGAGCAGACUUUAAUAAAUGUGAUGAAGAUCACAGAUCACCUCUAAUAGCGACUUGUGAACAUGGUUAUACAGAAAUAGUGAAGAUGUUGUUAGACAGGAAAGCAGACUGUAAUCAAUGCGACAGGGCGGGUCAGUCACCUGUUAUGAAGGCUUGUGAACAUUGUCAUACAACAGUAGUGAAGAUGUUGUUGAAUAGAGGAGCAGACUUUAAUAAAUGUGAUGAAGAUGACAGAUCACCUUUAAUGGUGGCUUGUGAAUAUGGUCAUACAGAAAUGUUAAAGAUGCCGUUAGACCCAAGAGUAGACUUUAAUAAACGUGAUGAAGAUGACAGAUCACCUUUAAUGCCAUUGGUGUCUUGUGAACCUAGUCAUAUAGAAAUAGUAAAGAUGUUGUUAGACAGAGGAGCCGACUAUAAUAAAUGUAACAAGAGUGGUCAGUCACCUUUAAUGAAGGCUCGUAAACAUGGUCAUAAAGAAAUAGUAGAGAUGUUGUUAGACAGAGGAGCACACUAUGAUAAAUGUGACAAAUGGGGUCGGUCAUCUCCGUGUCAGACCAAAACAGACCAUGUAUACAAAUAUACGUUCAAAAUGCCCCGUUGAUAUCCGUUCGUUAUACCGGUUUGAUAACACGAGUUGCGCCCCUUCUACUCGAUAAUGCAUUUUAGAUUAAUAUGUAUAUAUGUUUUUUUAAUAUUAGGAUUUGUUUGAAGUAUAUUUCUUUUCUUGUUUUGUCGAGGAACUAAUGAAUUAUUCGUCUAUAUAUGUUGUUUAUUUUUUAAUAGAUGUUAGUUUAUAUAAAUAUAUAUUGGUAAUUAAAUGCAAGGACGUAUGUUAAUUGUAUACACACCAGAAUGUAUGCCAUAAAGGUGUCUUCUCAUUUAUCCAACUUUUUAAAAUAAGGUAUUCUCAUUUAGCCAACUUUUUAUUUUUAUACGACCGCAAAUUUUGAAAAAAAUUUCGUCGUAUAUUGCUAUCACGUUGGCGUCGUCGUCUGCGUCGUCGUCGUCGUCCGAAAACUUUUAGUUUUCGCACUCUAACUUUAGUAAAAGUGAAUAGAAAUCUAUGAAAUUUUAACACAAGGUUUAUGACCAUAAAAGGAAGGUUGGUAUUGAUUUUGGGAGUUUUGGUCCCAACAUUUUAGGAAUUAGGGGCAAAAAAGGGCCCAAAUAAGCAUUUUCUUGGUUUUCGCACUAUAACUUUAGUUUAAGUUAAUAGAAAUCUAUGAAAUUUUGACACAAGGUUUAUGACCACAAAAGAAAGGUUGGGAUUGAUUUUGGGAGUUUUGGUUUCAACAGUUUAGGAAUUAGAGGCCAAUAAAGGGCACAAAUAAGCAUUAUUCUUGAUUUUCGCACAAUAACUUUAGUUUAAGUAAAUAGAAAUCAAUGAAAUUUAAACACAAUGUUUAUGACCACAAAAGGAAGGUUGGUAUUAAUUUUGGGAGUUUAGGUCCCAACAGUUUAGGAAUUAGGGGCCAAAAAGGUACCCAAAUAAGAAUUUUUCUUGGUUUUCGCACCAUAACGUUAGUAUAAGUAAAUAGAAAUCUAUGAAAUUUAAACACAAGGUUUAUGACCAUAAAAGGAAGGUUGGUAUUGAUUUUGGGAGUUUUGGUCCCAACAGUUUAGGAAAAAGGGGCCCAAAUGGUCCAAAAUUAAACUUUGUUUGAUUUCAUCAAAAUUGAAUAAUUGGGGUUCUUUGAUUUGCCGAAUCUAACUGUGUAUGUAGAUUCUUAACUUUUGGUCCCGUUUUCAAAUUGGUCUACAUUAAGGUCCAAAUGGUCCAAAAUUAAACAUAGUUUGAUUUUGACAAAAAAUGAAUCGUUUGGGUUCUUUGAUAUGUUGAAUCUAAAAAUGUACUUAUAUUCUUGAUUAUUGGCCCAGUUUUCAAGUUGGUCCAAAUCGGGGUCCAAAAUUAAACUUUGUUUGAUUUCAUCAAAAAUUGAAUAAAUGGGGUUCUUUGAUAUGCCAAAUUUAACUGUGUAUGUAGAUUCUUCAUUUUUGGUCCUGUUUUCAAAUUGGUCUACAUUAAAGUCCAAAGGGUCCAAAAUUAAACUAAGUUUGAUUUUAACAAAAAUUGAAUUCUUGGGCCUCUUUGAUAUGCUGAAUCUAAACAUGUACUUAGAUUUUUGAUUAUGGGCCCAGUUUUCAAGUUGGUCUAAAUCAAGAUCUAAUAUUAUUAUAUUAAGUAUUGUGCAAUAGCAAGUCUUUUCAAUUGCACAGAAUUGUGCAAUGGCAAGAAAUAUCUAAUUGCACAAUAUUGUGAAAUAGCAAUUUUUUUUUUAAUUAGAGUUAUCUUUCUUUGUCCAGAAUAGUAAGCAAGAAAUACCUUAUUGCACAAUAUUGUGCAAUAGCAAGAUUUUUUUUUAAUUGGAGUUAUCUCUCUUUGUCCAGAAUCAACUUAAAUCUUUGUUAUAUACAAUAUACAAUGUAUAUUCACUUUUUACUACCAACUGAUAAAUUUGGAUAAUCUUUACCAUUCAGUGAUAACAAGCAGUUUUUUUACAUCUUAAUAUUUUAUGAUGUAUUUAAAUGAGAAGUUAUUGUUGCAAACUCCAUUAGAAUAUUUUAAUUGAGAUUAGUUUUGGAAUAAGGGAAAGGGGGAUGUGAUUAAAAAAUUGGGUUCAAUUUUUCUCAUUUGAAAUUUCAUAAAUAAAAAGAAAAUUUCUUCAAACAUUUUUUUGAGAGGAUUAAUAUUCAACAGCAUAGUGAAUUGCUCUAAGAGAAAACAAAAAAUUUAAGUUCAUUAGAACACAUUCAUUCUGUGUCAGAAACCUAUGCUGUGUCAACUAUUUAAUCACAAUCCAAAUUUAGAGCUGAAUCCAGCUUGAAUGUUGUGUCCAUACUUGUCCCAACCGUUCAGGGUUCAACCUCUGCGGUCGUAUAAAGCCACGCCCUGCGGAGCAUCUGGUUGUUUUUAAAAUUAUUGGGUUGUUUGUUUAAUAAUAGUAAGGUGUCUUUCUAAAAUUUGAUAGUAAAUUUGUUCCUGUAUGUUUUUAUACUAUUUAAAAAAUAUACAUGUAUAUAAAAUAGGCAUACAUAAAAUGUAAACUAUUUUUAACUAAAAUUUAGUAUAUUUAAAAUAACAAAUAAAUGUUUUAUCAUUUAUCAUGUUUAUACAGAAGAAACCCACAUAUCAGUAAUAUUUGUUCAUUUGAGGUUCUGCGUUAAUUUACAAUUAUACUAGUAACAUGUGUAUUUGGUAUAGCAUUUUUACUUGUCAAUCUGGAUAGCCUUUAGUAGUAUCAUAUUGUUUCAAUAUUCAUUAGUUAGCAACCAAGUAACAUCAUCGGACCUACAUUUUGCCAUCAACUUCAAGCACCAUGUUAAUUCAUGUACCAUAUACCACCUAUCGGAACUAGACAUUGACAUGAUUGCUUUAAAUUAAAAAGAGAGAUAUUUAUUAGUCUAGCUUCUUCAUAAUUUGAUGAAACCCAGGAGCUUCUAAGCUUCACCAUGUACCCUCUACCCGGGAAACCGUAAUUACGCCUUUCGUUCUGACAAUCCUGGCCUAGGAAUAUUGAAAUGUUUAGUAAUGGUUAUACCGUAUGAAUUGGAAUUUCUCGUUAUUGGUAUUCUGCUGUUAAGAUCCAUCCAACCAUUUUAACAAACAAUAGACAAUAUGUUAAUGGAGGAAGUUUGGCAUAAAAAAAUGUCAAACCCUGACACUUUAACUAUAAAAUAUACAUGCUCCAAGUCAGGAACUGUUACAUUAGUGCAUUACAUAUUUAUUUUAUGUUUUUGGCAAAAAUAAGGUCCAAUUUUUGUUCUUCCUCCGGCCCUUCUUUUAAAUAUCCUUGAAACGCCCCUAAACCUACAUAGACAACAGACUGACCCAACUUAAGGAUAUACUACAGCAAGGGCAGAUCAACGUAUAUCACUACACUGAUGCAGUAUCCUACCUACUUAAACUAGGAUGAAGAUCUAGUACUGAGCAUGCCUUUAGUGUGUGCUAUGGAUCUUUCUGUGCUAUGUUUUUUAACCCUUGUGCUUUGUUGCUUUUGAAAAGCAAUGUGAAUACAAAAUUUUGAUCAAUGUUCGUGACACAUAUUCCCAUAUGCAUAUGCAUGAUAUAUCUGCACUGCCAAUCCCAAAUGUAAUGGGGCGAAUGUUGCAACAGAAACGAUUGAUUUUGUAAUAGCCAUACAUUUACGAAUUUUUGUUAUCUUAAGGGGCAGUAUACGGUUCAGAAGCGCCUUUGUGUUAUUUUUUCAUAAAUUAACUAACAAAUGAACUUUUGAGCCUAGGCUCCGUGUUUAAGACCGGACCUUGAUCUAUAUAUGUUAUGUGUAUAUGCCCCC